GAUAAUUUCAGUUUUUUUUACGUAGUCAGACGUGAAUGGCGGACGCAUACGUUUAUUUCGCAGCUGUUUAUAAUUGAUUUGUUUAGCACUGUGUAAUCUCUGUUUCGUUGAUUAAAUUAAAUGUAAAACUUUCGAAUGCUUGUCCUAUAUAAAACUCUGUGAUGUAGAAAAUACCCGAAACAAAAGAUCGCAUGUGAUUCUAUUUUGUGACGUAACUGGAUUCUUUGGAAUAACUGUGUGGUGUCAUAAAUAGUCGCGUUGGCCGAUUGACGGUCGAUGCGGCAUCCGUUCGUCGCCGUAAGUCGUGACUGCAGUAUUCAAUCAUGUGGGAAAUGGAUUCCGAUUCCGUGAGUGCGUCUUCGGACGGACUCCGUCGUCGUCAAGGAUGGGACCCCGAGGGCGAGAGUCUCGCCUCUCAAAUGGACGAGCUCGACGAAGUGCUGGCGGAGGAGGAAGAAGGCUGCCCUUUACCCUCUACGCCAGAGGAUCAGCAUCUUCUUGACGCUGAAAUGGCCGAAGUUUUGAAGGCUGGUGUGCUCUCCGACGAGAUAGAUCUUGGAGCAUUGGCGCACAACGCCGCGGAGCAGGCUGAGGAAUUUGUUCGCAAAGUUUGGGAGGCCUCAUGGAAUGUAUGCCACUUCAGACACCUGCCACGAUGGCUUCAAGACAACGACUAUUUACAUAAAGGACAUCGCCCUCCAUUACCAUCAUUCAGUGCUUGCUUCGCUUCCAUAUUUCGUAUUCACACUGAAACUGGAAACAUCUGGACCCAUCUGUUGGGUUGUGUUGCUUUUAUUGGUGUGGCUAUAUAUUUCCUCACCCGUCCUUCCAUUGAAAUUCAGAUGCAGGAAAAAGUAAUCUUUGGAGUGUUUUUUGUGGGAGCAAUUGUCUGUUUAGGCUUUUCGUUUGCUUAUCAUACCCUUUACUGCCACUCGGAGAUGGUUGGUAAAUUAUUUUCUAAAUUAGAUUAUUGUGGAAUAGCCCUCUUAAUCAUGGGGUCUUUUGUUCCAUGGCUGUAUUAUAGUUUCUACUGCCAUUACAGACCUAAAAUAAUUUACUUAUCUGUAGUGGUUGUGUUAGGAAUAUUGUCUAUCAUAGUGUCUCUUUGGGACAGGUUUUCGGAACCUCGACUUCGACCUCUCCGAGCGGGAGUGUUCAUGGGUUUUGGUCUGUCAGGUAUAGUGCCUGCUAUCCACUAUGGCAUCACCGAGGGCUGGUUUAGCCAAGUCAGCAAGGCAUCUCUGGGAUGGUUAGUUCUUAUGGGCCUUCUAUACAUAUUAGGUGCAAUGUUCUAUGCUCUGAGAGUACCUGAGCGAUGGUUCCCUGGUAAAUGUGACAUCUGGUUCCAGUCUCACCAAAUAUUCCAUGUGCUGGUCAUAGUGGCUGCAUUCGUACAUUACCAUGGUAUCAGUGAAUUGGCAUCAUACAGAGUUACAGUUGGUGAAUGCUCUAUGCCUCCAUCAUCAAUUGCAUUCUAGCCUCCCCCAUACCAAAUGUGAUAGUAGGCCAUAGAUAAAAUAUAAGUAGAUUACAAAACAGUUACACUUUAUAUUUUUUAACAUGUGGUUUUAACAAAUUUUGUAAAGUUUUUAAUCAUCAGGUUGAUUAUUUGUCAUUUUGUUAGGCUUUGUUCAAAAUUUGUUAUCUGUGGUAAUCACAUUCUGAUUGGGGCUAAAACUUUAUUUAUAUUGUUGUAAAAUAGUAGUGAAAUUAUUUUAGGUUCUUAUAUUACUAUAAUCUUGCACUCACUCCUGCACUUUAGAAUCACUUGAAGUUCAAUAUUAGUUUUGUACUUAAUUUUAACAAUUAUAUUUUCUUGCACUAAGUUGUAAGAGCAGUGUUAAGGCAAGCCAGACCACAAUUCAUUGCUUUAAUGUUCUUCCAAAACUUUCUUCCAUUAUGAUCACAUUAUACACCAACACAUUUCAGUUACAUAACAGUUUUGUAUGUGUUGUGCAAGAUAUCAUUUGUUUUGUGACAUUUAUUUUGCUUUCUCUUAAGCUUAUAUAACAAAAUCUUUUAAAAUUAUGACUAUGUAAAUAUAAUAUUUUGUUUGAUUUAUUUUAAAUCUUAUUUUCGGAAGUAUUUUUUUAACAUUAGAGUAGUUUAUAAUGCUAUUAUAUUGUUGUAACGGGUUUAAUAGCUUUAUUUUUGUUCAGGUAUUUGUCAAACUUACAUUCCAUAUACCAGCUAUUUCUGCAAUCAGGGCUUAAUCACACAAUUUCCAAUAUAAAUAAGUGGUCUGCAUAUAGAGAAUUAAUUCAAAGUAUAUUCUAAAUUGUUGUAAGUGUUCAUAUGUGUAAAGAUUUUAUGAGACAGAAAUAAAAAAAAAAAAGGAUUUGUGGUGUAUUAAACAUAUUGAGCUCUAUGGGUUUUGAAGAAUUUUUCUGAUUUCAGAUAAUGUUAGUUUGAAGGAAGUGAAAUUGAGGGAAUAAUGUAAGAAAAUAAAUAUAGUAAAUCUCAUAAAAUAUUGUAAAGACAAUGUCUAAAAAUAAAUUGUAACAGUUAUUGUAAAAAGUACAUAAAUAUAAGGUGUUUAAAAUACUGCUUUCUAAAGAAGAUCUAUAGGGAGAUGAUGAACAAAAUGCAGCAUUCUAGCAUAUCAAGUCAGGAUUGGACUGAUGAAGAAAGACAAUAUAAAAAAAAUAUUAAUUUUUAUAAUAGUUUCCAAUUUAGUUUAUAUUUAUUUUUGGCCGUAAAUUGUUAAAAUUAUACAAUUUUUGGAAAAAAUAUGAAUUUGUUAAUGACAAAAAUCUAAUGAAGAGUACCCUCAAAUGUUUGUAAACUUUAUUGGGCACAAAAUUCAAGGAGUAUAAUUUCAACUACUGGCUAUGCUAUGAUUUAUUGUUUAAAAAUAGUUAUAAUUAGAUUAAAAAAUAAAAAAAAAUUGUGAAGUAAAAUUUAAUUGCAUUAUGGUGUUAAAAACGCUUUCUUUGUUGUGCAGAUUUGUUGAUUUCUUGUUUUGGUGGUAUUCAAAUAUGAUUAUGCAAUAAACUUAUUAAAAACAAA